GCGCGCUCCAGCAGCUGGGAGUGUGCGCCGGCCCGGCCCGGCCAUGCAGCCCCUGGCGGUAGGUCUGGUUCCCGCUCCGGCGAGGGAGCCGAGACUGACCCUCUGCCUGCGGACAGGAAGUGGGAUCUUGGCGCACCUGGUGGCUUUAGGCUUCACCAUCUUUAUGACUGUGUUGUCCCGGCCAGGAACCAGUCUUUUCUCCUGGCACCCUGUAUUCAUGGCCUUGGCGGCCUCCACGCUGGGCCUGAGGCUCACUGGCCCUCUCCUGUGUUCACAGUUCUGCCUCUGCAUGGCUGAGGCCAUCCUGCUCUUCUCGCCUGAACACUCCCUGUUCUUCUUCUGCUCCCGAAAGGCCCGGAUCCGACUCCACUGGGCAGGGCAGACCCUAGCCAUCCUCUCUGCAGCCCUGGGCCUGGGCUUCAUCGUCUUCAGCAGGACCCGCAGUGAGCUGCCCCACCUGGUGUCCUGGCACAGCUGGGUCGGGGCUCUGACACUGCUCGCCACUAGUGGUCAGGCACUGUGUGGGUUCUGUCUCCUGUGUCCUCGAGCAGCCAGGGUCUCAAGGGUGGCUCGCCUCAAGCUCUACCAUCUGACUUGUGGACUGGUGGUCUACCUGAUGGCUACAGUAACGGUGCUCCUGGGCAUGUACUCGGUGUGGUUCCAGGCCCAGAUCAAAGGCACAGCCUGGUACCUGUGCCUGGCACUGCCCCUCUAUCCGGCCCUGGUGAUCAUGCACCAGAUCUCCAGCUCCUACUUGCCAAAGAAGAAAAUGGAAAUGUGAGUUCCUGCGAACUCUGAAUGUAGGUGGGACACUUGCCUCGGACUUAAAUGUUCCCUUUGGUGACCUUCAGGGGAUCCAUUUCAGAAGUGGUAGGGUUUUUGCACUUCUUAGCUGGGCCAAGGGCUGCAGAAACCCAAAUUGCUAUUUCUGAUGACUACUCAGUGGGCUGAAAUGGGGAAGUAUACUGGGUGCAUUGGAAGGUGAUGGGGGUGGGGUGCUUGAUCCUGAAGCCUCCACUCUUGAUGGGAGACGGAAGUGUUGGAUGGUGGUGGUGAUGGUGUUCGCAGUCAUUUCUUGCCUGUGUACCCGAUGGAGAAUUGGGUUCUGGUAACUUAUGAGUGACAGCAGUGGUUUUUGGGGUCUUCAGGAAAGCAGUGUGGAGAGAGACCCUGGGUUAUGGUUCCUGUAGGAUCUACUGGGCAACCUUAGGCAAGUCACGUGUCUCGGGACCAGUUUCUGCAUCUGUGUCAUGGAUGCGUUUCUAAACAAUCUCCAACAUUCAGUGUCUAUCAGGUUGAUGCCACAGAACACACUCCCCGCUCUGGACUAUGGGCUGGACCACUAAGCCGACUCAGGACGUCAUUCCCUCUGCAGGGACAGGUCUGCUCUCGUGGCCUUCCAGGAAUCUGCCAAUUGGGCUCCUGGACUAGGGCACAGGGGGUCAGGCACUGUGGAGAGAAGAGUCCCAGAUAGGCUCUCUUGAACUCCAAGACAAUUAAAAGCACUAAAGUCACUUUAAAGCUUUUGUAGGAACAGAAGGGCAUUGGCUUCAGCAAGGCUCUGGCUCCUGGCUGGGCUUCUUAGCUCAGUUAAGAACGUCCUUCAGCCCACCUCAGAAUCUGGGCUUGAGGGCUGCAGGACAUGAGCGAGCGCCUUUCCCUGCCAGGCAUUCUGAGCGGUACAGUAGUCCUGAGCAUCUCCUAGCCCUUCCUUGUUCUCAGGUACUUGCCCUAGCACAUAGCUUUGUGGAGGGAAUCCAAAGCUUUUAGAACAAAGUGAGAGCUAGGAAAUGGGAUAGGGCUUUUCUGAUCUAGGAAAAACAAAGUCUCCCUGGUUCCCCUUCUCAGCUAAGCUCUUCUCAGUUGCUGUCUCUUGCCAGCUCUUCGGCCCAGGAUGGGGCUGAGUGUGGCGCCAGCUGGCAAAAAAAGGGCUGGGCCCUCUUCCCUGCAGAAACCCCCUCCUUGUUCCAAACUGAAGGUAGUGCCCCAGACUGCCCUUAGUGGUGAGCUGGGUGCCAGACUGGUUAAUAGUGGUCUGGCUCGGUCAGGGUAGGGGGGCGGGGGUGGGGGUGGGGAUGGGACCUCCAUAGAUCAUGGCAAGGACUGAAGACAGCCACGCCAGGAAAGCUGGUGUUGAGGCAGGUAGACAGCUCAGUGGAAGCUCUGGGAGGCCUGGGUGUAGGGGCUGGAGCCCCAGGUCCCGGGAGCAGGGCAGGUAUUCCUAGAAGGCAGUAAUUUAGGUGCCCCAGGUCUUCCUAAGAUUGAAGACCUCCCUCUCUGAGUGGUUCAGAAGCAAGGAGACUGGUAUGGUUUAACAAUCCAGGCAUGGGGUGUCCUCUGAGUGAAUCUCUGGGGGGUCUCUGCUCUUCAGAGGGUGAUUAUUCCUGUCUCCUUGCCUUCUCUCCCCUCUGAGACUACCCAGUGUGGUCUGGACUCGGAAGAGAUGGCUCCUGGCGCCGCAUGAAGGACAUUCUUAUCUAGGGUCACUUUGCUCGGGGACUCCAUCUCCUCUCCCCCCGUCACAGCCAGUGCUGGGAGUCUCACUGUCUCCAGCAGGGUGACAGGGCGGGGUGAGGUUCACCAGCUUCCGCGAGCCAAGCAGCCAGGGCCCCAAAGCCUGAGCCUGCCUGAGGUGUUGCCUGCUCCCAGGUGGUGCGGAGGCUGCCGGGCGGGCUGACAGCCGGCAUUCUGCGGGGGCUGUGCCAGCUGAUGUCUAUUCCCAGCCCUCGGAGGAAGGGGGAAGUCAUUUAUAUUCUGCAGGAGGAAGGGGCCCCAGCUGGCACCUCUCUGACCAGGAGGCCUGUAGGGCAGGGGCACAGGGCCGAGAGGAGGGCACAGGUGGUCUUCUGCGGAGCCUGUCUGACUGCAGUAUGGGGAGUAGGUCACCAGGAGGAGCCCUUCUUCCCCGGCGGCCAGAUUGUUGGGGGGUACUUCCGGCCCCCCUCCUGUGUCUCUCCCUCCAUCGCCACCUGCCCUCACGUCCUGGGGCAGCAGCUGGACAACCAUUAGACCUCAGUGCCAGGGCACUCUUCCUCCCACUGGGAGCUGGGUGGCUGCCUGCUGCAUGCACCUCCUGCUCGUGUGCAUUUCCUCCUCCGCAGGCCCUCUGGCCCCCCCAGCUGUCUGUAUCUCCCCAUCUGGGUUGUUAGCUGGGCACCUCGGCAGUGAGGCAGAGGCCUUGGGGGGAAGAAGCAAAUGGCUGCCCUUUUGCCCUUGUUCUCUGGCUAGGGAAAGAUGCUAGUAGUCAGCCUGUUUUGCCUUAAAAAAAAAAGCGGGGUGCUCAAAUUAAAAAAAUGCAUGUCAUUUGCACAGAUUUGCAUAUCAGGCUCACUAAGACUUGAUUCCAAAUAUGAUUAUAUUUCAGACUCAACCUUGAGGACAUUAGAAAUGUAGAUGUUUUUUGUAACCAAAUCCAAAUGGUAACAGGAUUACUGUUCUGGGUUCAGACCCUCCCCCCCUCCAAUCUUUCCCAGUAACCACUUCUUCCCUGGAGCCCCACCCGGGCUGGGGUUGGUGUUGAAUGGCAGGAGCUGUGUGUCUGGGGAAGCCUUCCAGCCUCACCUUGGCUGUUGAGCUGCGUCGAAGGUAAGCUGCUGUCCCUUGCCAGCCUGUUCCUCCUCUCCUUACCGGCCCCCAGGGCAGACUGCCCCUCCCAGUCCCUGACACCCCACCCUUCCACCCCGCCCCCGUGCGUGGCUGCUCUGGGUCUUGUUUUUCAAACCUCACUGUGGGAGAUCCAGGCAUCCUCCCUGAGCCAGCUGGCUGCAGCACCAAGGCCUGCUCAGAGUUAAUAAUAAUCAUUAGCUUCACAGCGCUGGGGCCUUUCAGCUCCAGAGCUCUAGGCACUUGCAGGCUGAGUCAGCCAGCCCUCACCUUCCCCCUCCUCCUGGGCUGCUGGAGUGUAAUGGAAUGGGGAGAGGAGGGGGGUCAGAGGCUCACUUCCCAGCUGAGGCUUGAGGCUUCUUUGCUCUAGGGCGUGGGCCCUGAGCACCCUCUGAGAACAUUGCUAAGGCCUUUUCACCUGACAAAAAUCAAGACGUGGGGAUCACAGUGUAGGCUCCUCUAGGCAUGCUGCCCUUCCCUCUGUUAUCAGUCUUGACUUUCAGAGGACAUCCCUGGUCCUGAUGCCCCAGUCUCAGCAUUUCUGGGGGCCCUCUGCAGGCUUAGGGAGCAGGGAGGCUUCUGGGUUAGUGCUCUGUUGUCCCUGUGUCUGGUUGACAUAAGAGCCAGUGUCUCAGGCAGCAAAAAGUGCAUUGACCCAGGACCCAGGAAAGCUGCAGUCUGUCUGUUCGGCUCCUAACAACGGUGUGGCCAGAGGCAAAUGGCUCACUGCUCCACCUGCCUUAGGGAUGUUGGGUCAGAGCAGAGAAUUUAUGUUAACAGGCAUUGGAAAGUCCAAAGCAUUAAACAAAUGGAAACAGGUGUGUUUACAAGUAUGCUCUUGUCCUUGACUCUCUCUUAAUUGGCAUGACUCUGGGUUUGAUGCUGCUUUUAGGGAGGCAAUCAACGGUUAUGGAUAAUGAUGCCAAAGGGACCCAAGUCUCAGAGAGGUUGUGUUGUUGGCCAUGGUAAGGGAACACACACACACACACACACACACACACACAUACAUUUCCUCCUCCUAGAUGAAAGAUCAGCUGUCAUGCACUCUGGUCAGGAAUGCCACCAAGGUUAUGAGCCUAGCGAAGCCCGUCCUAAGUGCUGCCUGCCUGGUGGUUUCAGGGCAUGGGGCUGAUUGUAAGUCUGGAAAUCAGUGCACUUGUCCCCUCGUCCAGCCUGAAGUUCCUGGACCAGGUCACAAGUCUGUCUACAUCUCUCCUACCUUAAUUCUGCGCUUCUGAAGGACAAGUGCAGCAGACAAGGCAGGAAGGCAGGAGCAACAGUAAUGGACACGACACUGCCCCCCUCCCCCCAUGCCGGUUUCCCCUGUAGCCCCAGGCUGAGCAAGGCCUGCCUCAGGCCCUCAUAACAGGUGCUGGAGAUGCAGAGCUGUGACACGUGUAGCUUGGUCACAGGCUCCUGGAGGAGGAUCAGAGUCCCCUCCUCCUUACAGGAUUUUAUAGGAAUUAAAACACACUUACACCCCCCCCCCCCCCACAGGAAAGCAGUUCUACUUCCAUGUUAAAUUAGGGGAAGGAUACUUUCUGUUCCAUGUGUCUUGAGAACUGCCAGCAGUCGGCCUGGGGUGCACACACAGAGGCAGGAACCACAGCAGUGCAAGGCUGUGUAUUGUGUAUUCAGGUUUUUAUCUUGUUUUUUCCCAGCCUGGGAUCCAGCAGUGAGACACUGGUCAGGUGUUGUGGGCAUAGCCCGGCAUGUCUCACCAGCGCAGGCAUGGAGAAGACAUGGGUGACAAUGCAGAACCACAGGCCCCAGACUUGAGGGUGGUUUGAAGGAGACAGUUCUUAGCAUGGGGCUAAGCUUAAAGCAGACCCAAAAUACCUCCAGUAAGACAGCCUUCCCCCACCCAUCCGCCCAGAAGGCUUGGCUAGUCCCCAGUGUACAGGGAAUAAGAGCCCCAGUUUUUAAUCUACCCGUUAUUGUCAGAAUUUCCCAGAUGAUUUUUUUUAACCUCCGCUAAAAGCAGAUUAAAUAGCUACUUCAGGCCAUUCUGUGAUACCAGAGGAUUCAACUCUUUGUCUCACUGUAUGCAUGAGGGGCCCCCAGCACCCUCUCUUUAAAGCGGACUGUGAGUUAUCCCACUGUGCUGAGGAUGCCCAGGACUGAGCUGGGCCUUUCUGGCUAGACCCCACCAAAAGCAAAGUAUGGCCAAGCAAGGGAGCAGUGGAGGUGAGGGGAAUUCAGCACCAAGUUAUGUCCAGCUACAGUGCUCCUUCACCCUGUGUGCAUGUUUGUGCACAGACACACAUGUGCAUACACACACCCCUAACUUUGGGGCCAAUGACUCUCACCUUAUGUAUGCCAGUGCCAUAGGGUGCCUGGAAGUCUCCCUGCCGGGCUCCAUGUCCUGGCUCACAGAAGGAUGGUCCUCUCAGGCCACAGUUCCAUGCCCUCUAUGUUUCUGGGACAGUAACCACGCUGACGUAGACUGGAAGGCCUCAGGGCAGGUCUGUGUAUCUUUACCACUUGGGAUUUCCUGUCCAAUAGCAUAUAAGCCUGAUGAAGAGGCUUGAUGUGGCAGCUACUUUAGCUUUCCUCUCUCAAGCCCCACGAGAGGAAGGAAAGGCUCGCUGCAGCCUGACCAGAAAAGCCAACCUUCCUACUGCACAGGUCUGAGCCUUUUCUACAGUGUGGAUGGGGAAAGCAGCUUCACAGUAUUUUCCUGGGAGACAAGGUAAAGCGGUACAAGAACUACAGCUGCAGAAGGGAAGGAGGUGAGAGCUCAAGAGGAAGGGAGACGAGGCUGGCCAGUGCAACUGAACUCUCAACUUCUGUUCUCCAAGGCACCUGUCCUAUCAGCCUCCCCCACUCCCCUGAAAUGCCACUAAGAGAAGCUAAGGAGAGUGCCGCAAGACAUGGCAGACAAAAUUGCACGUCUUGACCAGAACUUAGGGAGUUUCUUGUGGCUUGGGGGUGGGGGGCCUGAGAUGCAGCCAUGGACUUCUUUGGCAUGAUGGGGGAAAACAGCACCAAAACUUUUCAGGCUCAGAGUCAGGGCUUGGCACAGGCCAUGAUGCGAGAACACCCAGCAGUCUUCCCAGACCCGUUCUCUUUACCGGCGUCCUCGUGGCCAACGUCAGCUGCAGCAAAAACUGCUUUGAAAAGAUGAAAAAGUGCCAUGUAAAUGUAGACUAUGGGGGCACUCUGGCAUCAUCUGCCAUUUCACUUGCCUGCCAAGGUUGAUUUGUCUGAUGUGGCUGGUGAGGUGUCUCCUUCGGUGGUUCCUCAGGAAGAGAGCAAGACAACUCUCCAGACAGAGGAGGGCUGCCCUUUGGUCAAGAUUUUAUCAAUGUAGGGAAUUAGGUAAUGAUUCAAAUUCCGGCUUUUAAUUUCUGUUUUCCUUAGACCAUUUCCUCUCCCCUCUUGGACUCUACCAUGACGAUCUCCUUCCAGAAGUACCAAGAGAGUAGCCAAAGAAUUUGCAUGUUCAGCGUUUAGUAGAACCGGGUCCAAUUUCUGGUAGGCUGUGUCUGUACCAAGAACGUGAGGGUUGCAUUUCUCAGUCUACGCAAUGCCUAGGAUGCAUUAAACUGUCAAUGAAUAUUAACCUGCCCAUUCAAUGAAUAUGCUUUGAGCCAAACUAAGAUAGUUACCAUUUAUAGUAUGAAAAAAAUACAGGUAAUAACCAAAAUACUGAAACUGAGCUGCUUUCCACCAAUUCUUUUAAUCCAGUGCAAGCGUUUUUCCAUAUCACAGUUAGUAGGCUUCAUCCAGACUUUUAAGAGAACUCUGUAGGGAGGCGGCCCUCCUCCCCAGGGAUCCAGGAAGACUUCAUUAUCCACAGGAUGUAGCCCCAAGUUAAAGAAUUUCUAAACUCUCCUGCUAUAGCAUCAGUGAUGUUUCUUAUGAGAAUCUAUCAGGUCGGGAAACUGGUCAUCUGGCCCAAACCAGCCCCACUGCUGGGUUUUGUAUGGUGUGUGAGCUAAUAAGAGUUUUUAUAUUUUUAAAUGGUUGAAAAAACUCAAAAGCCGUGUGAAAAUGAUAUGAAAUUCAAACUUCAAUGUCUGUAAAUAAAGUUGUACUGGAACCACACUCUGCAGCUUAUGUACUGUCUGUGGUGACCGUCCUGCUACAGUGGCCCAACUAAGUCGCUGUAACAGAGAGCGCCCGGCCUGCAAAGCCUAACGUAUUUACUGUCUGGCUCUUCACAGAAAAAAGUUCAUUGACCCU